GGGUUCGAGCGGUAGAAGGACGGGGUGAUGAACCAAUCACGUUUGUGCUUUCAGUCAGAGGCGGUGCUUUGAUUGGGUGGUGCCUGAAGCGGCUGUGAGCAGCGUUUAGCUGUUGGGUUAGGUUGUUCCCGGGCAGGUAAGGGGAGACCUGAGAGCUGGGGGGAUUUGCAGACUUGGGAGGACCAGAGCGCCGCCGCCGCCGCUUCUUCUUCUUCUCAGGGAUAAAAAGUGUGAUAUCGGCAAGAAAAAAACCAAAAAACAAAGAUUGUGAGGGCAAAAAAUGAACAAACUUCGUCAAAGUUUCAGGCGGAAGAAAGAUGUGUAUGUCCCGGAGGCCAGCCGACCCCACCAGUGGCAAACGGAUGAAGAAUCUGUGCGGACUGGAAAAUGUAGCUUUCCGGUUAAGUACCUGGGACACGUGGAGGUGGAUGAGUCUCGAGGCAUGCACAUCUGUGAAGAUGCAGUUAAAAGACUAAAAUCCGAAAGGAAAUUCUUCAAAGGCUUCUUUACAAAAAGUGGCAAGAAAGCAAUCAAGGCGGUCCUGUGGGUUUCAGCAGAUGGACUUCGAGUUGUGGACGAGAAAACAAAGGAUCUUCUGGUAGACCAAACAAUAGAAAAAGUGUCCUUCUGUGCUCCAGAUAGAAAUUUUGACCGGGCAUUUUCUUACAUAUGUCGUGAUGGAACAACAAGGAGAUGGAUCUGUCAUUGCUUUAUGGCUGUGAAAGACACGGGCGAGAGGCUGAGCCAUGCUGUUGGGUGCGCUUUCGCUGCCUGCCUGGAAAGAAAGCAGAAGCGUGAAAAGGAAUGCGGAGUCACUGCCACCUUUGAUGCCAGCAGAACCACCUUUACAAGGGAGGGCUCCUUCAGAGUAACCACUGCUACGGAACAGGCGGAGAGGGAAGAAGUUAUGAAACAGAUACAAGAUUCCAAGAAAGUUGCCGAUUUUGAACCAAAGCCUGUAAUACCCGCUGUCACCACAUCUGCCACAGUAACCUUGACAGCUCCACCAGCCCUGCCACCUUCACCAACUAUUGAACACCAAGCCUUCCAUGAGGUCAAAGAUGGAAGCAAUCCUCACAUGAUCCCACGUAGACAUGCACCUGUAGAGCAGUUGGCAAGGCAAGGCUCGUUCAGAGGAUUUCCUGCACUCAGCCAGAAGAUGUCACCUUUUAAACGGCAGCUUUCUCUAAGAAUUAAUGAAUUACCAUCCACUGUGCAGAGGAAGUCUGAUUUCCAAAUAACCAACCCAGUUCCCGAGAUGGAAGCAGAGACAGAUAGCAUCAGCGCCUUAUGUUCACAGAUUACCAACACCUUCAGUGGGCCCCCUGAGGACCCCUUCAUAUCUGCACCUAUGCCCAAGCCCACUACACCACAGUCCCCUCCAUUUGAAGUGAAUGGCACUACCUCUGCAUUCACACUGCCUGCUGCCAGGCCUGCACAAGUCUCUGUGGCUCCCACAGCAGCACCUGUUCGUGAGACCAAUCCAUGGGCAAAUGCUCCAACAGCAUCUGCCCAGCAAGUGGUUAACACUGGAGCACCACCUGUGGCCACUGUUGUUGGCUCUGAGUUUGUAUCCACGCCUACUGCGGUCCAGUCCAAUCACAAGCGGACUCCCUCAGAGGCAGAUCGAUGGCUCGAAGAAGUGUCCAAAACUGUUAAGUCUCAGCAAAGACAAUCCCCAGUUCCUGCUCCGGUCAUUCAAGCGCCGCCUCUUAUUCAGCCUGUUGUUGCUGCGGCACCAAAUCCCACUCAGCCUUACCCAACAAACACUUUUAUAGCACCACCACCUGUGCCAGUCGCCAUAGUCCCAACUAUACCACCUGCAUUUAUACCUGUGCAGCAACCUUACCCUGUAGCAAAUGGUAUGAACUACCCAGCUCCUAGUGUCCCGGUUGUUGGCAUUACACCCUCACAGAUGGUUGCUAAUGUGUUUGGAGCGGCGGGUCACCCACCGGUCUAUCAACCGAAGCCGUCACCAGGUCUGGUCAAGCAACAGACAUUCCCAACCUACGAGACUAAUAGCACCACCAGCAGUCCAUUCUUCAAACCGUCUCCUCAGCAGCAAAACGGUUCCGUGGCAUUUAACGGGUUAGACAGCAGCGGUUGGGAUUUGGGUGCCAAGCACCAACAAGGGCAGACUUCAUCAGCUGCUGUAGACCCUUUUGAAGCCCAGUGGGCAGCAUUAGAAAGCAAGUCAAAAGCUCGUGGUAACCCGUCUCCAACCAAUCCCUUCUCCAGUGACCUCCAGAAGACAUUUGAAAUAGAACUUUAAAGCCACAAUGGAUGUGGGUCUGCAGAGUGGGGACUGGUAUAAGAAUAAUUUUUCUCAUAAAUUCUCUAUAGGAUAUUUUAGAAAUGGACCAACGAGGGGGGAUGGAAGCUGCAAAGUUCACCAAAAAACAGAAAGAAAAACCUAUAUUAUAUGAAACCACAUGAAAUCAUCAGUGUUCUGCAAAUCUUUCAUUGGCUUCCCUCGCAACGCAGAUCAGAGAAGAUUCUGUACUGUGGUCAUGGGAAGAUUUAAGGAUGGACCUAUAUUCAUUGAAAGAAACAUGGCUACACACCCGGAGAUAUGACUCUCUGCAAAGCAAUGUAGUAGUGCCUGAGCUUCCAAAUUAAUAUAAGAAGAAAAUAUAUAUGUAUAUACUGUAUACAGAUCUAGGGUGUUAUAUGGCGGACGUUAUGAACCCGGUGCUGCCAGGUGCAUGGGGCCGCAGUGCACUUCUCAGCACUGAGUUGCUGCCUCCUACUGGCAGCCAAGGGAAUAAAGCCAAAAUCUUUAUUUUUAUGCAGAUAUUUUAAAUAGUUUUGGGUUAAUGGUUGUAUAAGUUUGUAAGUAAUCUUGCCAAAGGUUAAAACAAAAAAAGAGGGUUCAGUUGCUAGUAAUGUAUAUAUGAUUUGAUUUAGCUGCUAAUUCUUAUUUGAACUGGACCGCCUGUGGUUUUAUCUCCAUGCCGUACGUCGCAUUCAGAUGUAAGUAGUCAUUGCUUAAAUUGUCACGAGCAGUGAAAUAUCUCUAUAUAAAAACAAAAACAAAUUAAAGAACAGUAUUUGUGUGGCAUAAAAGCCAUCGCAACUUGUCUCAAUUUUUUUUCCCUUCUUACACAACUCAAUAUUGCCUAAUAUAAUAUAUAUAUAUAUAUAUGUAUCUAUAUAAAUGUUGUUUCCUUUGACAAACUGCUGUUUUUUUUGUUUUAUGUUUUAUAUAUUUUAUAUAUUAAUAUAUAUUUUCUCAUAUAUAUAUAUUAAUAUAUACAGUUUAGAGUUUUAAUACCACUGUUAUGCACAGUAUAUCUAUUGACUUAUACAGCUUUUUUUUUUAAUGUUCUUUGACUUUUAUUCACUAUUUCCGUGUUCCUGUUUUUGUUCAUCGCUUCUUGUAUACCUCAAUUCACAGAGAUUCAUCUUUUAUCUGUAGGUUUUGAUCUUACAGUCGUGUAUAUUUGUACCAAUUUACUUUAACAGAAUAAACAUUGGU